CUUCACUUUUCUAACCACAAACUCUGUCUUGAGAAUUUUUCUUGGAUUUGUAAAAUGAUAACCAUUUCUUUGACCUGGGGGAUUACUGUAGUCGUGUGCUGUUGCUUAUGGCUUAUCUUUGGAAUAAGAAGAAGGCAAGUAGGUGAACCACCUUUGGAGAACGGGCUGAUUCCAUAUCUGGGCUGUGCUCUGAAAUUUGGAGCCAAUCCUCUUGAGUUCCUGAGAGCAAAUCAAAGGAAACAUGGUCAUGUUUUCACCUGCAAACUAAUGGGAAAAUAUGUCCACUUCAUCACAAACUCCUUGUCAUACCACAAAGUGUUAUGUCAUGGAAAGUAUUUUGAUUGGAAAAAGUUUCACUACACCACUUCUGCGAAGGCAUUUGGACAUAGAAGCAUUGACCCAGAUGAUGGAAAUACCACUGAAAACAUCACCAACACUUUCACCAAAACCCUUCAGGGUGAUGCCUUGAAUUUGCUCUCGGAAGCCAUGAUGCAAAACCUCCAAUUAGUCAUGAGACCUCCUGGCCUCCCUAAAUCAAAGAGUGCUUCCUGGGUCACAGAAGGGUUGUAUGCUUUCUGCUACCGAGUGAUGUUUGAAGCUGGCUAUUUAACUCUGUUUGGCAGAGAUAUUACAAAGCAAGACACACAAAGAGAGCUUAUUCUAAACAUCCUUGACAGCUUCAAGCAGUUUGACCAAGUCUUUCCCGCACUGGUGGCAGGACUUCCCAUUCACUUAUUCAAGACUGCUCACAAAGCUCGGGAAAAGCUGGCUGAGGGCUUGAAGCAUGAGAACCUCUCCAGGAGGGACCAGGUCUCAGAACUGAUCCGCUUGCGCAUGUUUCUCAAUGACACGCUCUCAACCUUUGAUGACAUGGAGAAGGCCAAGACGCACCUGGCUAUCCUCUGGGCAUCACAAGCAAACACCAUUCCUGCGACCUUCUGGAGCUUAUUUCAAAUGAUCAGGAACCCUGAAGCAAUGAAAGCAGCCUCUGAAGAAGUGAAUGAAGCAUUGCAGAAUGCUGGCCAGAAGCUCAGCGCUGAAGGAAACCUCAUUUACUUGGAUCAAAUGCAACUGAAUGACCUGCCAGUCCUAGAUAGCAUCAUCAAGGAGGCUCUACGACUGUCCAGUGCUUCCCUGAACAUCCGGACAGCCAAGGAGGAUUUCACUCUGCACCUUGAGGAUGGUUCCUACAACAUCCGAAAAGAUGACAUCAUAGCUCUUUAUCCACAGUUAAUGCAUUUGGAUCCCCAAAUAUACCCAGACCCUUUGACUUUUAAAUAUGAUCGAUACCUCGAUGGAAACCGGAAGGCAAAGACUACCUUCUACAGCAAUGGAAUCAAGUUAAAGUAUUACUACAUGCCGUUUGGAUCAGGAGCUACCAUAUGUCCUGGAAGAUUAUUUGCUGUCCAAGAAAUCAAGCAAUUUUUGAUUCUGAUGCUUUUGUACUUUGAGCUGGAGCUUGUGGAGAGUCAUGUGACGAGUCCCCCUCUAGAUCAGUCCCGUGCUGGCUUGGGAAUUUUGCCACCAUCAAAUGAUAUCAAAUUUAGGUAUAAACUCAAAAAUUUGUGAGUGUGAUUGGAAGAAGAGGACACUAGAUGAUGUCACUGGACUAUGAAGAACUGUCAUUGAACAGGCCUUUAGGAAAAAUGCAGUUAGUGGCUAUGGAAGUGACUGAGUAGGUCUGGUUCUGUUCAGCAAUGCUCCCUAGAGGCUCUGACUGUGGUAGUGGAAAGAACUAACACCUUGAGUACCACACUUCGUUCUUCCUGCAUCAGUUAGUGACUGUCCAUAUAGCCCAGGGCCUGAACAUCGUUACUUUCAGAAGAAAUAUCUUUUAUUUUUAUUCUUAAAAUGAAGAUAAUCCAAUUGGCAGGAUUUUUUUUCCUAAGGAAAUUGCUUUACUUUAAUGAAAACCACUCAUUAAUUAUGAAAAGGAUUUAAAUUCACGUUUUAGUGAAACUAUUAUUUUGACUAGUGAGGUUUUUCAGGUGUGAGAACAUAUUAUAAAAAUAUUUUAAAGGAUCAUAUCAGAUCUUUGCAUAAAAAAGAAAUACUAUUUGGCUUUCUCCAUGACCAGAACAUUUAAAAUGGUGUUAGUGUCCUGGAAACAGAAAGGGAAGUUUCCACACUUUUCUUCUAUGUUUUAAUUUAUUGUUGCUUGAAACUCUCAUUUCAAUUUUCAACUACUUUAUCUCUGUAAAUAUAGAUUUGGUACCAUACCAAGGAGAAGAAUUUGUUUCAGAGAUUGAAAAGGCACCUUUUUUUGGUCAGGUGUGGUGAUGCACACAUUUACUUUCAGCACUGAGGAGGCAGAGGCAGGCGGAUCUCUGUGAAUUUGAGACCAGCAUGGUCUACUGGAGAUUCUGGGUCAGCCAGGCUACAUAGUGAGACCUUGCUUAAAAAAAAAAUCCAAACAAACCAAAACAAAAAAGUUUUUACUUUUCCUGUAAUCAUAAACAUGCAUCAGUGUAAAAGGGAAAUUUUAAAUUAAAACGCUAUGAGAAUGACUAUUUAAAAUCUUUAGUUAUGAAAUACAAAGAGUUCAUUAAGUGCAGCUUGACAUUGUUAUUUAAGAACAUUUUAUGUUUUACCCUUAAAUAACUUGUAAAGAAUAAUAAUUAAAAGCUGUAUUAUGUUUAAAUACUGUGUGCAAUAAUGCUUUGGUAAAGUACUUUAUUAAGAGUUAUCUACUAUGCUAUUUUUACCGAUAUAUUUAUAUGUAAAUUAUAUUUAUCCUUUUCUUAUGAAUAUUAAGAAAAUUUUGCAACACUUGGCAAUUAUUCACCUUUCAGAAAUGAAUCCAUUAAUAUUUGUGUUUUAACUUUUGAAAUAGAAUGUUUAAAUUAUUCUUCCACUGAUAAGCUUGCAGUAAUUUUUCUGGAUUCAUUCAAAAUAUUCACAUUUUCAAACAACUAAUAAUAUUAAAAGUAAUCAUUCACUCAAAAUUCACUCUCAGAUUACAUAAAAUUCAUUAAAAUGCUUUGUGGGAGGGGGCAAGUCAAGUACUCUAAUAAAUACAUAGUGAGCUACUUUCAUAGUCCUUGAUAUACUUUUAAACUUUUAAAAUCUGAUCACUUAAUAUUAUCAUGGAAUUAUCUCUUAAGGAGGAUAUGUUCUUUUCUUUUUCUUUUUGAAGCCUGCUGUCCAGGCUGUGGUUGGAACUCUCUCUAGGUACUCCAAGAAACCUUUGAGUUCACUAUACUUCUUCCUCUUUUGAGGAGGUUAUUUUCCAUAUCAAGAAAGCUAACAUGUUUAGAUGAGGCUGAGGAUUAACAAAAUUCUGUUUCAGACAACCUGUAAUGAACUGCACUUCUAAUGUGUUUACCAAAUGGAUUUUGUGACUCUCUGAAUGCAUUCAUACAUCUUUCCACAACUUCUUAAAAGUGUAUAUUCAUUAUGCAAAAUGAUGGUUUUCAUUAUGAUACUCUGUUCCAGGUCUUUAUUCUUGUUCAGUGGUGGUUAGCAAUUGAUAACCUGUGCACCAAAGGUAUCCCUCUUGCUUUUGUGCAGCCUAAGAGCUAAGAAUAUUUUUUUAUGUUUUAAACACUUAGAAAAUAAAUCAAAAGAAUAUUUUGGGUCAUGUGAAAAGCAUAUGAAAUACAGAUUCAUAUAUCCUUAAAUAAAGUUUUAUUGGGACAUGGCA